AACGGACCCAGCAUCUCGCAGCUCAGCGGGAUCUGCUGGACGGCGGCGUUCGGGUGGAAGAUGGCGGAGAGAAGCGAACAGAGCGGCUCCAGCUGAGCAGCAGCGGCCCCUAAAAACAGAGCAGGUUCCUGAAGCAGGCGGAGGACCGCAGCAGCAGCAUGAGCCGCCGGGAAGCAGGCGUCCGGGAGCCGGUGCAGGAGAGGGGCCCCUCUUGGCCCCUGCCCUCAGGCCAUGUGCUGGGAUCUGGAGCUGUCUGGUUCCCCGGUGUGUUUGAUCAGCAUGGCUGCCCUCUGGUCAUAUUCCCAGUGGAAGAUCAGGACAGGCUUCUGGAGCUCUGCAAAGAAGAAGUGGUGGAUUUUAUAAACCAUUUCCAUUCCCUUCUCUAUAAGAAGCAGGAAAAGCAGAGUUUGGUGUCAGUGGUGGCUGAUCUGAGGCAGGCAUCUCCUCGGACCAUCAGGCUCAUCACAGACACUCUGCUUCUCCUUCAGGAGCACAAGCGAACAGUCCACAGUGUUUACAUCAUUCAGCCCAAAAGGAAGGAUGUGGCAAAGCUGCUGAUGAAACUUCUGGUUCCAUCCAAGUCCUGCUCAACCUCUUCCAGUAAUGUGCUUCUGAAAGACAUCCCAGAGCUAUGGAACUACAUUGACCGGAGCCAGCUGCCUGCCUCUCUGGGCGGAUAUUUUCUAUACUGCCACAAGAGUUGGGUUAGCUUUAUUAAGGAGAUCGAUGCCUUUGAUAAAGAGUUCCUUAGCGUGGUGGAGCGUCUGCCUUCAUGCAUUGCCACUCUGCAGGCUCUGUCCCGGCUGCCCCUGCCCUCCACCUUCGACCAGCUGCAGCACUUCUGCAGCACAAACGAAGCAAAGUUCCUGCAGCUCAGAAGGGAUCUGGGUCUGGAUGAGCUUUUAAAGCAUUGUGAGAACGUGUGUGAGAAGCUUCGCCAUCCUGACAGAGAGCCGUGCUACCAAGCCAUGGCGGGCACCCCCUUCUUCACCCAGACGGCCUUUGACAUGCUGCAGAACCACAGCAGAAUAACUGCGGCGGUGGAGAAAGUGGAGCUGCUGUGGAAACAGGCCUUUUCACAGGCCCACCUGCAGCUUCAGGUGUUCCAGCUGCGCCACCGUGCAAUGCAGAUUAUCCUGCAGAUUGAACCUCUCCAAGAAAAGCUUCAGCUUUACAAAAUGGAGGUUGCAAAGGAUUCUGGCCGAGCAGCAGUGCUGCUGUCUGAGUUUGAAGAAUCGUACUACGCUCCUGCUGAGGCUCUGGUUGGCUGUGCCGAGGAUCUGAUCCACAGGUUGGAGGAGAUUCUACCCGUAAAGUUCCAGAGCAGGGAGAGCUGGGCUCCGGAUCUGGAGAGGCUGAAGGAGAACCUUCAUUCGGACGUGAACUUCAUUCUUCAAACCCUCAGGGCGGUUUCUGAAUACCACCACUAUUACAACAAGACCAACAGGUGGUACAGUCUGGUCCUCAGGGACAGCUUCCUGCCAGAGCUCCUUUCAGGCCUUCAAGGAGAGCCUCUUUCCACUCAGCAACAGAAUGACCAUUUGAAGACGAUCCCUGCAUGGAGACGGAGACUUUCUGCGUUCCUAAAGAAGAAUCCUCCUCCAGACCUGGAGGAGCUGCUCCAUCUGUCCCGUCUGUCCGCUUCCAUCCCAGAUGGUGACGUACAGCAGGCAGGCAGACGCCUGUCUCAGAGGUGCAUGAUCCUGAGGAAGCUGCUGAUAUCCUCUGGGCCAGUGUCUGUGGAUCAGCUCCAGCUCGCCCUCCAGUGGCAGUACGAGGCGUUGCGUUGUAGCCAUGGGAAUCAGAGCCCUGAAAGCAGCAGUGGCUCAGUGUCUGAUGGUAACCUGAGCUUUUCCAAGCAGAACCAAACGAUACCUGAGAACUGGAAUCCUCCCACCAUGGUGGUCCCGCCUGCAGCUGCUGACUGGAAACAGUCUGCCAGCUCUUUGUUCUCUGGGCCUCAUGGUUUGGGGGGGACCCAACUACAGGCUCCAGGAGGAAAGGAAGAGGUGGAGAAAUCCCUAAACCCUGCUGAAAUGAGAACUUCCCCAGAGCAACCCAGCUCUCUGAAGGAGAGCGUCUCCGUUAUUUCAGAUGAAAAGCAUCACAGCAGGGAGUUUGCUUCGAGGCCUGCAGCAAACCUCUCCAGCAUCCAGAUCAUCCCUAAAGUAGAAGCAGAAUCCCUGAAUCUGGAGAUCAAGGUGAAGCGCUCGGCUUCACCUCCCACCAAUCCCUGGCUCAGCCUGCCGGUGGACGAGUUGGAAAACUCCUACACAGUCACCAUCACCCCAAAGCCCACGCCUCAGAAGCAGAGCUUUAAAAUGACUGCUGCUGAGCAGAAACCGCCCCCCAAGAUGGAGGCGCUGAGCUGCACAGAGCCCAGAGAUCCACCGAGCAUAGACUGGGUGCUACAUGCCGACAGUGGAUGGGCUGAUCCUGAACUGAGCCCCAUCCACAACAUUCUGUCCAGCACAAUCACUGAUGGCAGAGAGACGUCCACCUGCGCCACAGACGGCGUUCCUACUCUGCUCUGGGAUUCCUACGACCUCCAUGAGGAGAAGCCAGAAGCAGACAGUAUGACUGAUAUGUCCUCGAUGGACUGGGAACUGAAGGAGCAGGAAAACCUCAGAGAGGUGGAGAGAAUAUUAACCAAGGCUGAUGGGAUCCUGGAGGAGGAGGAGAACGUUUUGGCUCAAGAAGCUGUGCUGGAUGCUCUGCUCAGAGCAGGAGAUGAAAAAGAUCUCUGGCAUCUUUGGCACAGUGAGAAGCAGCUGGAGGAGCCCUCCUUUGAUGCUGGUAGCUCUGAGGACGGCCCCAUGUUCGGAGGAUCCGACCCGCUCAGCGAGGGUGUAUCCUCAGAGUCUACGAGAUACGAGGAAGAGGAUUUCAGCACUGAAGCAGAAACCACUGAAGGCGGGCUGGAGCUGCAGGAAGAGCCGAGGAACGUUCCUGUCCUGGGUCCGCCGAGCAGAGAGGAGAACCUGAACCUCCAGGAUCUGAGGUGGUUCACUUCACAGAAGCCAUCAGCCCCAAACCCAGAGAGGGAAGGUUUCCGCUUGGAGCUGGAGAGGGAAAAAAGAGAAGUGGAGAAGCUUGAGAAGAGUUUGGAGGAAAGCUCUGAGUGGAGGAACGAGACCGGAGCGUCUGGGAGGUUCUCUGAGACAGAGAGCGGAGACGAUGGAGAACCCACCGAGCUGUCAGAGACUGGGAGCAAUGAGUCACUGGGUCCUGUGGUGGAUGAUGAUGAUGAAGAGGAGUCAUUGCAGUGUCAUGGUCGUCAUGUUGGUGGCUCUGGUAGGAAUCUGCUCUUAUGUGACACUAAAGCUUCUAGUAGUGAAUCUCCAGUGGUUCCUCCAGUGGUCGGCUCAGAAAGCCUGUUAACCUCUGAGCUGAUGCUGCAGGAGGGGGGGUUUGAUCCAGGAGGGAGACCCGCUGGGCCAGAACCAGCCUCCCUUCCUGUAGACGGACCUCCUCCAACCCCUGAGGAGGAACUGGAGCCUGUGGCUCUUGGCGUUUUAGUGGAGGGGGUGACUUUGGAUGACGGGAAGAACGUUUGCAACCCAAAUAUAACGGAACACAUUAAUAAUAACAAUAAUAACCUGUCAGUCUGCGGGAACCUUUCUGGAAGGGCUGGCGGUGAGGAGGACUCCUCCACUGGGUCCCUCCUCACAGAUAAGCAGCAAAUGAAGCCAGACCUCCAACCAGAGCUCCAAACGGGUCCCAGUCAGCGCCUGGAGUUCGACCCUGGAGGACCCGAAGAAUUGGUUUCUGACGGGGUUCGGAUCUCGGACCGUGGGGAGCAGAGGACCCAGCUAUGGGCGGAGAGCUUUACAGAGAUCGCUGAUUUCAAGAUCCCCGUCAUCCUGGAUGUAGGAUCUGGUUUGAUGAAGGCAGGAUUUUCAGAUCAAGACCAGCCAAACAUCAAGUUCCCAACAAUAACUGGAGUGCCAAAAUAUGAGGAAAUAAUGAAUGGGACCCUGGAGAGGGAGAUCUACAUCGGCCAUGAUGCUCAACACAUGCGGGGGGUUCUGACUCUGAGGCAUCCCAUACGGAAUGGGAUCAUUUCUAACUGGGAUGAUAUGGAAAAGAUCUGGCACUACACCUUCCAGCAGCUGUGUGUGGAUCCUGAAGACCACCCUGUUCUGCUGACGGAGGCAGCCAUGAACCCGCUGGAGAACCGGCAGCGCAUGGUGGAGAUCAUGUUUGAGCGCUUUGGUGUUCCGUUUGCCUACGUAGCCAUGCAGGCUGUGCUGGCCCUGUACGCAGCAGGGAGAACCACCGGUGUGGUGUUUGACUCUGGAGAAGGAGUGAGUCACAGUGUGCCUGUCUUUGAGGGCUACGGUCUUCCUCACGCUAUCCAGCGCUUCCCUUUGGCUGGCUGCGAUGUUACAGCACAGCUGAAAAAGCUCCUGCAGGAACAGGGCGUCUCCAUGCGAACGACUGCAGAGGAGGAGAUUGUAAGGGAGAUGAAGGAGAGAUGCUGCUGUGUUGCAUUAGACUAUGAAGCCGACAUGAACCCAGAGAGGUCAUCCUGCAGAGAAAUGCUUUACACCUUACCAGAUGGCCAGAUCAUCACCCUCGGCACAGAAAGGUUCAGGGCUCCUGAGAUCCUGUUUAAACCGGAGCUGAUUGGACGGGAUCAUUAUGGAAUGCAUGAGAGCGUCUUCAAGUCCGUCCUCAGGUCAGACAUCGACCUGCGCCGCUCCUUCCUGGCAAACAUCGUUCUUUCAGGUGGGAACACUCUGCUGCCAGGCCUGCCUGAGAGGCUCCAGGCCGAGGUGAAGAACCUGCUGCCACAGGACAUGAGGGCGGCCGUUCACGUCACCAGCCCCAAAGACAGAGACUUCCUGGUGUGGAGCGGAGGGGCGGUUCUGGCCAAUCUGUCCACUUUCAGCUCUGCUUGGAUCAGCCAGGCCGAGUACGACGAGCACGGACCGCAGAUCGUCUUCAGGAAGUGUUUCUAAGCAGCCCUUCCUGAAUACGUUUUAGUGCUGAUGGAAAAUGAUGAACUGCUCUGAGCCUCCAAGCGUUUCUGUGUCCGUUGGCCUCGGGCCAUCAGGGGGAGUUGAAUGGUUUUUGAAUGUUGUCUGUCUUAAAUGUUCAGAAUAUGAGUUAAAUGGGUGAGGAAGAGGAACUGAAGCUGGUCUUUUGUCUGUCUGGUAACUGGGAGGCAGUCCCAGCACAGUUUGUAUAUUAAAACUAUCUUUUAAGCUGAAUGAAUUAUUUUGUGUGUAAGACGGGGUGAAAAUGGCCGACUUUGGUGGGGGAGCUGUACCUCUGGAUGUUUUACAGCUUCCCUGUAAAAUGUGUUGAAAUGUGUGACGGUUUCUGGCAGCUUUCCUGAUGCUCAUCAUGAAGAUGGUAGAUCCUACUGGGAGGCCAGUUGUUAACUGGAGAAACAGACGGUUACUGCUGGUUUUUACUGGUUCAGAUGUCUGAGUGCAGUCAUUUUAUCAUCCGAAGCCAAAGAGUGUGUCUUUUGAGUUAAAUUAUUUUGAUGCUAAAGUUUUUCUUUGUAAUGGAGGGUUGCAUUUCUUUAUACGUCCAUAAAUGUUUGUGUUUUAUUUUGUUGCAUGAGUUGCUGCAUGUUUAAGUGCUUACCGUUUUGUGAAUUGUCUCCAGUUUGGCUUUUGUCUCCAGAGUCCCUUUCUGCAGGGGGGGGUGAGCUGUUUUAGAGGAAAAUGGGAAACUUGUUGACUGUUUCAUGGCUGCACAUACCAUCUCAGAAGUCCUGCAUCAACCUGAACCAAGCUGAGCUUUUAUCACCCCUGUCAUGUCUGUCUUUUUUUUUUUAAUAAAUACUUUAUUGAUA